AUGCUUCAAUCCCCUAUCCAAGUCAAUACGCCUCAGUCGAACAGAUUCCUGACCCCAUUUAUUUCAAACCACUUUCCAAUCCCUUCAAUCGCCGUUGACCAUCAUGGGCGGGUCAUGAAAAGCCUCCUCACCGCCGUUGACUUCGUCCAUGGGCGCCCCGCAAAUCUCACGAAAUUCUUCGAGCCAACGAGCAACUUCGCUACGGUAUUCGUUGGGGUUAUCACCAAGGAUGAUGGAAAGGAGUAUCACAAAUUCCCGCUUCAACUAAACACCGGCAAAAUGCCUUCAUUGAUCAAGCAAUGGCGCGACAACGACCGUGGCACCCACUCUGUGAUGGCAAUGAUGUAUUUCCCCAAGGGUGUUAAGCUGGAUCCCCAGAUCUUCCUGCAAGAGGCGGAAAAAGCCCUCGAAGUCUUUUAG